CCAAGUUCUAUGCUUGAGGGCACCAUGGAUGUCUCUGGUACAGUUGUUGCAUCUUCACCACGCACUUUGGUCAUCGAGGAAGGAAGGGAUUAUGUUGUCGAGCGCCGCGAUGUCAUACCACUGGAUGCCAUCAAAAGACUAGGUGAUGGACACAGCGGAUACGUCGAACAAGUCAAGGAUACAUCAACAGGUACCAUUUACGCCCGGAAAACGAUACGUAUCUAUCACAGCGGACAAGACCACAGAGCAAAGCAACUAAAAGUAUUUAAAAACGAAGUCAACAUCCUCCGUAUCCUUGCGCAAAACCAUCACUUCGUACGCGUCGUCACUACUUUCGUCGAAAAACGCCAACUCUCAUUGGUCAUUGAACCGGUGGCAGAUGAAGGUGAUCUGAACGCCUUUCUGAAUGCCAUCCGUGAUGAACAGGAAGACAAUGACACGCGGGAUGUCGAGCCUGUCAAGUUCAAAAUCUUACAGAAAGCUUUUGGGUGUUUAGCGAGUGGCCUAGCCUUCAUGCAUUGUUUUAGAGUCCGCCACAAAGACAUUAAACCCCAGAAUAUACUGGUACAUCGUGGCCAAGUACUGUAUACAGAUUUUGGCUACUCCCACGACUCGAACGACAUCGGUCGCAGUACGACUGCGGGCAGGCCUGAUUUCUGGACGGAACGCUUCUCGGCUCCGGAAGUGCUGGCACACGAUGAUCGCAAUUCCAAAUCAGAUGUGUUUUCUCUAGGCUGUGUCUAUAUCGAAAUAUUAUCUGUUUUGGAUCCCAAAUUCGAGAUCACCCGAGAAUUCUGCUUUGGCAGGGAUCUAGUACGUCUGCGUGCCCUUUUAGAAGCAGGACGAGCCCAAGGAAUCGAUGCACUACAAGAAGACACAGAUGUACUGUUAAGUGCAUGUAUCUCAAUGACAGACGAAGAUCCGAAGGGCAGAUUGAACGCUUCCAAGGUCGCUGAGAGCCUCAAGAGUUGCAAUAACCUCUUUUGCGAUCAAUGCUUCUUGCCUCCCACCGUACAAGCGUUGGGAAAAGUCGAAGCAGAACCGAAAACAUUAUCCGGGAAUUUGGAGCCAUCGCUGUCAGAAAGUUCAGACACCACUAAAAGUACGAAGACAUCACUAACACCUAUUCCCCCGUCGGAAGAUGAAGUUGCUCAACACGGGAUGAUGAAGGUUCGUUCUGAGCAAAGGAAGGAGCAAUCACCCACCGAUGUGUCUCCCCCUGCCCUAGCUUCCAAAUCCCUGGCUAUUAGGCCGAGCCCUUCUGUCACACACCAGAAAGAAGAGCCUGAGCUUGCGGCGUUGAGUAAAACGCCUUCAGAGCCAGAUACAUAUGCAGGAUCAGAAGACGAACCAGAAACUGACCCUGAAGAGGGAUCAGAAGAGAAAUCGGCAGCAAAGAGAAGAGAAUCCAGGCAAGAAGGGCGAAAUUCUACAGCCAACCCAAGGCACCCGCCACUCAAUAACCCGAAAUCCAACAGUUCGUAUCCCGCGCAAUACCGAAGGAUAUCACCAAUUCAAUCCCUUUACGAACCUUAUUACCAACAGAAUUUCAAUCCAUAUCAAUCAAGUUCAUACUCACAUAUACUUCAGCCGCCAAGCAAUCCCUAUUUGUCCUAUCCAUUGCCACAGAUCUCACCCCAGCCGUCCCCGUUAGGUCACCCUUCCUCAGCUUACUCGGGGCGACCGAUUCAUCCAGGUUUCAAAACAAAUUCCAGUUCGCAAAACACGCAGUCUUCGACUUCACCUGCUGUAUCGGGAUAUGAUACCGACAAAAGCUUUGAGGGCCCACAAGAUUCCCGCGACAGAUAUUACUACCGAGCUCCGACUGACUCUUACCCUAAACCUCACCGCGCCCCGGCUGCUUCUGUUCCAUAUAACUAUGAAAAGCCAUUUCCCGUCUCUGAUUCACUCUCGUCUGAUGAUAAACAUCGAAUGGAAGCAGCCUGGAAUCAGGCGCAGAUGCCGGAACUUCUGAAUCCGACAGUAAGAGAAAAGCUUCCUGACCUGAUCGAGGGUACACCUGAUAGAGGGUGGUAUGAGACAUUAGAUACAAGUUAUCGCAUGCGCACAGGGCCAGAAGCAAGACAAUUCUUCAGGAUAGGCAGAGUAUUUUCGAUGUUAUAUGGCGAGGCUACGAGCGAAACAGAGGCCAGGAGCGGGAGCGAUAACGAUGCAGUAACCCUGGCCAGGUUCGGGCAACGUCUUUACUCACAGAUACGACGCUUCGUGGUCGUCUCAGUCCGUCACGGCUAUGUCAAUACUUGUGCCAUGUCCACGUAUUCCCAACGGGGAGUACUAAAACCGGGAUGCAACCCAUCUGAGCACACUGUUAUAUAUUCCCAGGGGAAACAGCCAACAUACAUUGAGGGAGAAUUCCAAGCGGGGAUGAUAAAGGAGCCAAUUGAAUUCAUACCCGCUGAUUCAUCUGUGGUGUUUAACCCCUUUACUCGACUUCGGUUAGGCAAGACCUACCCCAUCGAGUGGAACGUCAAGGUGAAAGACAUAGGUGCGGUGCAUCCAGAACAUCUGUCGAAGCUUCUUAUGUAUUGGAGAAUAGAAACGGUUGACGAUAGUGAAGAGGACUGA